AUGGACCGGGACAGGGACCGAAAUCGUGACCCACGCGACCGGGAUAGGGACAGAGAUCGUAUGCUUGAUCGAGAUCUGGACAGGAGGGACCGUUUCGACCGUCGUGAUGAUGAUAGAUGGUCACAGCGGGAUGAUAGGGAUCGGUUUGACCGCGCUGAGCCUUGGAAAAAGGAUCGCCUUCUAGCUCGCAUCGACACUAAGACGCCCGCCGUUAUCUCUGCUAACCCGUUAUCGGCUGUAUCCCAGACACCAACUCUAUUGUCCAUCGGUGCGUCCGGUGCCGGCCCUGAAGAAGAGCCUGCUGGACCCCGGAAGGCCAGUAGCACAUCUUCCACCCCCAGAGAAUCAAGAAGGCCGCUGGAAAGGGCAGAGCAUGCCACCCCCAUUCGUACACCCACACACGUAUUACAUGCUACACCCGCUCAGCCCGAGCCUCCCUCUGAACGGCCCACGCCACAGUUCUCUCCUUCUCCUGCUCCUCCGGAAGUGCCUGCCUUUGGUUCUCUUUCUGGUUCUAACGCCCCUUCCGCGGAAACCCCUGAACCGUCGAGAAAACCAUCGCAGCAGCCAGAUGUACCUAAAGAGCGUCCUGACCUCUUCCCUUCUACUCCCAUUAAGCCUCCCACCGCCCCUAGAGCUGAUAGAAUAGAUGCCCAGCAACGUCCAGACAGAAGUAAAACCGAUGUACCUCUUCGAUCAAGUCGGCCGCCGACAGCAUCGCCGGUAGUCCAGCCCAGCUACAUGCUCGAUCACAGUCAUCCUGUCCCCGCGCUUGACCGAAGCAUCACCCAUGAGCCAGCAUCCCUGCAUCUAUACCAACUGGCCCAAGAGCACAACAACAGCGCUCCAAUGGCCAACGACCAGGAGCCAAGAAGACUGUCAGCCACCAGCUCACCGCCAAGUAAGAAAGAGCUUUGGGACGAGGGGAACAGAAGACUGGCACUCGAAAGCCCAUUCGUGCCCGAGGGGGUAUCGAGCAGUAGUGGCCCUGCUGAAGAGGAGGCGAAGCCUUCUAUUACCCCUGUGAACGGAGAGGAGAAUGAGAACAAGGAAAAAGACAAAGGAAAGGAAAAAGAAGUCUCAGAGGCCUCUAGAGACGCCCGUGGGAUUGGAGAUGAAAAUGAAUCUCAACCGAUGCUGGCAGGGGUAUCAGAGAAACUCAUUCAUAAUGUUGAUGAUGAUACGACGAUGCUUGAUGCCCCACCAGCCCGAGAAACCGAAAAAAUAAUAGAAACACACGAUGGACAAGAGCAACAGAUUCCAAUGCUCUUUGAUGAACCCAGUGAUCAACAAUCUGACGAUGAUGAUGCCCUUGAUGAAGAAGACUUCAACCAAUCUGAACAACGUUUUGAAAAGGAAAUGUUGACUCUAAUGUCAGACAUCCCCCCCCCUACGCUCCAGGACCCAGUUGUUGUCGACCUGCUUUUGAAGAUCCAGAUGCUGGGGAUGAUAGCUGAUGGCGCUGCUCCACCAUAUCUUGACCAGCCAGGUGCUGCUAUGGAGAUUGAAAGUCCUGAUAAGCCAAUUGCUAUUAUCCCACUAUCAGGUAAGGAAGCGGAAGAGGUUGAACUUAUGGAGGAAUCUAGGCCUAUAGAGAACUCCGCUGGAACGGCAGUGACUAUCCCUAUCAUAGAGACAAAGGCGGUUGAAUCGCUGCCAUUCUUAUCCUCCGGCCCUCCGACACCGUUUUCUGAUAUGGAGACUUUACAGGAAAAUUAUAAACUUCAUGAUCGUAUCAAGGACUCGCUGUUAGAAGACAUAAUAAAGCAGAGAAAUGAAGUCGCAAAACAGCAUGCCGCUUUGCGUCAGGAGUAUGCACGGUAUUACAAGUCCUGGAGGCUGAAGGUCCGCGAGAUGGAUAGAAAGAAAGAAGAGGCGAGAAAGGCUGACUCGGUAUCGUCCUCGACUCCCCCGCCUCCUCUGGCGUCUGCUGCGGCUGUCCCUAUAAUCGAAGGAAGACGGGGCUACAAGCUAAACAGUGAGCUAGACUUUCAACUUGCUCUAAAGGCAUCAGCAAUUACUGCGCAAGAGGAGUCGGAACGACGGCGUGACCAAGAAGCCACUGUAAACCCCGACAUGACUCGCGAAGCACGAAUCCCAGACAUGUUAGACGAGUAUCAAAAGAAAGCAAGUCUCUUCCAGGAUACGAACCAAAUCGUCGAUCCGGCCGAUGCUUUUACUGUCUUUGCUUUUCAUCCUCCACCUAACGAUUUUACCCCAGAAGAGCACAAAGCGUUCACAGACGCUUUUAUGGCUCACCCUAAAAAAUGGGGCAAGAUUGCUGAACUAUUACCUGGCCGUACUUUCCAGCAGUGUGUGAUGCAUUACUAUUCUACUAAGGAGGAGAUUAAGUAUAAAGCCAAGCUUAACAAGAAGUGGACACGCAAGGGACGAGCAAGGAAGACUGCAAGGGCACCCAAAUCUAACGCUCUCAUGGCAGAUCUGGGAAUCCGGCCUGCUUACGAUGCGGAUGAUACUGAGACACCAGUGGUCACUGAUACGGGCAGGCCAAGACGUGCCGCUGCACCGACAUUUGGUGACUCGAACGCUGAUACAGAAAGUAACACCCCCACACCGGCGCCUGGGAAGCGCGGAGGCGCAAAGGACUCAAGCGACCAGCCUACUGAGAGAGGCACCGGGAGAAGACCUGGACGUGGUGGCGGUGGCGGCCGGGGUGGAAGAAGAGGGAGGGGAAGUGGCCAGCAAGGUGCUUCGAGAGCAGAGGCUGGGACAUCUACCACCACAGCGGCUGCUUCGUGCGCAAGUAUUGUACCCGCCGUCGCACCCCUACCGAAGCCCGAGGUGGAUGGUCAAGUUGAAAGCUUGGUUGAUGCGGUGUUGAGGGCAAAAGAGGAGUUGGAAAAGCCUGUCGAGGAGAGUGUUGUGCGCGCGAAGCCUGUUAGGAGUGCACGAAAUAAGGAACAGCAACAGGUGCAGCCAGUGCAGCAAGGCCCAGAGGCUGCUGACCCAGAUACAAAGGUAGGCCUGGGCGAGGGUGGGUAUGGGUCACUGCAGCCUACCAGCUAUUGGUCUGUACCUGAGCAGAGAGACUUCCCAGAGUUAGUGGCGCAUUUUGGCAAGGAUUUUGAGGCCAUUUCUCAAUUUAUGAAGACUAAGACCCCUACAAUGGUCAAAAACUACUUCCAGCGCCGUGUUGACUCUGGGAAGACGGAACUAGAAGAAGCUGCAUUGAUAGCCGAAGCCAAGAAACUACGCGGCGAGCCCACUGGACCCCUACCGACCCCGAGUGUUAGCUCAAAGCGACGGUAUGAGGCUACCCCGUCGUCGGUUGCGCCACGAACUCUAGCACCCAAUACAGAAAACGUCGACGUGAUGGACAGAGCGCUAGCGCCCAAGGGCAAGCCAUCUGUCAUCAGUAUGCCACCUACACCAGCUGUAUUACAACCACGUCAUGGUAUGGAGAAGGAACGGUCGCAGCCAAAAUUAUACCCCCUGGUUCAGGCUCCUGCAAGUCAGCCCAACCUCGCUGCCAACAAUGAUGAGCUCCACCAACGUUCUGUUAGCACUUCGCAAUUGCCUCCGUCUCAUCGCAGUCAGCAAGGACCUCGGAUGGGAUAUUUCACUGAUGAGCGUAGAGAAAACCGUCCUCCAGGAUCUCAUGUUAACAUCGCAGCUCACAUGCCAGAGCAGGACAUGAAGCCAAUAUCGCAUUCAAUGACAGGUCAAGCAACCACUGGUAUGCCACUGCAGACACUUCAACGACAAAAUCCAAACGUUGUGCCCCAAAUCCAAGACCUAGGAGAAAUCCCACGCUACGCACCGUUGUCACAGCCACCCACAUUCCCUCAAGGGCCCUACCUGCAGCCGCCGGGCAGUGCACGCAACACUUCGGCCUCACGGACACAUUCUCGUCGCUCAAGCCGCACGAUCACUUCUGCCGUUACUUCUCCUGUUCAGAGGCACAUUAAGCUCGACGCCGACCCAAGUGGUAUUCCAGCCAUGGAACGGACCGCACCAAUAGGCCCAUCAGGGUACCUGACUCCCGGCCAUCCAGCGUCUGUCCGACAAGGCCCUACUCUUACCCCACCUACGGACCAUGGCCGACCGAGGAUAGCUACCGCACCAGCCGCACCAGCCGCGCCAGAGCCUCCGCGUAAUGUUCCUGCGAAACGUUCAAAUAUCAUGAAUAUCCUUAACGAUGAGCCGGAAGAACCCCAGCCACGAAAACGGUUCGCAAGCGACCAACCAAAUCCGGCUGCUAUUGGACCGCCCUCACCUUCACGGCCUGUGUAUCAAGGACGUCAUUCGUCAUCAGCACAGCCGGCUCCUGAGGAUCAACAUCACUAUCAAAGGCAGCAGCAGUAUUAUUCCAGUUCCUCUCAGCAGUCACAACAGCAGCAGCAGCAACAACAACAACAACAACACCAAGCACAAGCGCAAUCCGGAGCUAGUGGGCAGUAUGCAGACACUUCUUCUAACUCGACUCGAGGAUCUACUACCCAGGACUGGAUGGCAAGGUUUGAUCCUCGUGAACAACAGCAAUCGCACUCCACUUCGUCCACCCCCUCAAUUUCGAGAUUGCCUAGUUAUAGUCAUGGAUUCUCUGGCUCUGGACCCCAUACACCCCACUCCAUAUCAGGCCUCCAACAUUUGUCCGACCAACCUCAAUCUGUUUCCCAGCAGCGUCAAUCAUAUUCUCAUCAGGCCUUGCAGCAGCCACCUGUGCAGGGAUUACCGGACCGCAGCCAGCAGCCACAAUCACAUCUAGGCCCCACAGACCGCGAGUCUCCAGGUCCUCGUCAUAUUCAAGCCCACCCACACACGCGAUCGCCUGUUCAGCGACAUAAUGCGCCAUAUGCAAGUAAAGUUUCGCAACCGCGUUCUGCUUCGCCCAUGCCAUCCGGCCCUGGUGGCAUGAAUCCGCAUGUGAGCCAGAUGUCAGGGUUCAAUCAAUCUGGAGGUGCCCAUCAUAAAUCUUCCCAGAGCCAGCAUCAACCAGGACCGCCGCACCUGCUGUCCCAACCCCACCAACAUGGAAUGCACGGAAAUAAUGGGUCACAAUAUAGUCCACACGUUCAGCCAUUGGCCUCGUCCACUUCCCGGCACCCGCCUCCGCAAUCUGUAAUACAACAAGAGCAGCAGACGCACCACCAGCACCAGCAUCAGCAUCACCACCACCACCAGCAUCAACACCACCAACAUCAACGCUCACAUCAACCACAACCUCACCAGCACCAUCAGCACCAGCAAUCACUUUCUCUCAGCCAACGUAGCAACUCUCCCUUUGGCCACAGUCCCCAUAUGUCUUCUCAGCAAGUCACCUCUCAUACGCAAGGGAUGCCUCGUACCGGAGGGUCAAUGUCGGCCUCCAGUACACCUAACCACCCAAGCAUGAGCAUAGGUAGAUCCUAUACCCCACCGUCGAACUUGGGUCAGCAUCAUCCCCAGGGUGGCUCCAGCAAUGGCCUGUCAUACCCAAAUACUUCAUCCCAUUCACUGCACCAGCCUGGCCAAGGGAACAACCCGCAUCAACAUCUACGGCCUCGUCACGGGUCAGGCGGGCCUCCACCAUCCGGACCAGGACACCAUAAUAUCUAUCCUCACGAACCCAGACAAUAA